CUAACCCAUCAGCUGUUAUUUUGAUUAGUUCCAUAACAACAACGAAAAGAAUUUGAUGUUAGUUUUGAUCACAGACAACAUUGAUCCAGUUAUGUAAAGAAUACAUUUCUACACAUUAUGUUGCUCCACUGGUUGUUUGUAAACGCGUUGAUCAUUCUAAGUUGUUCCGGGAUCGAAUGUCUCAAUGUUAAAAUAAUAAAUGGAUCGCUGAACGAAAUAUUUACACAGGACUUGACUUUGGACAAAGAUAUCGAAUAUCUGAUACAAUUUGAUAGCAUAGAAACCAAAACGCCUUUGCGCGUUUUGGCUUAUAGCGAAGAUGCUCAUGUAUCGAGUCCCAUCUUGAUAGUUGUAAAGCAGAAAAAAGAAGUGGUGUCAUGGCAGUUACCAAUGGUCGUCGAUGGAAAUGAUGGUUCUACAGAGUUUAAGGAUACCGCUAAAACUCUAUGCUAUGACAUGACUAUGGAUAAUAGGACGCUUUCAGAAGCCAUAUCCGGUAUAUCGCAUUACAAUUCGGAGUUCAUGCUCGAGGAUUCUCCCAUUAUAUCCAUAUCCACUUCGUCUGUAAAAAAUGUCUCGGUGAAUGUAACGGUUAUGCCGGAAAGUACGUUUUACAUAUUGCCAGAUGAAGUGUACAACACGACGGUGACUUCCUCGACGCCUAGAGUUUAUUUCUAUGAUUUCCCGGAUAACGCGACCACAACUGAUAACACAAAGACUGUGAUUUUGGAAGUGAAUUCUCCCGACAACAUAUGCAUGACGAUAAGUAUUCAAAAUGCUAGUUGUCCGGUUUACGAUUUGAAUCACAAUAUUAGAUUUGAAGGAUAUUUCGAGACCAUUACUACUAAAGGUGGUAUUACAAUUACCAAGAGUCACUUCCCGAACGGAUUCUUCCUGGUUUUCGUACCAAAGCCCGAUGAUUACGAUUGCACGAUGGUGCUGUCUACGAGCAACACGGAAAGGAGAAAAGAAAUCACUUUUAAGAUUACACCGAGCAUAGCUCGAACUGAUUACAUUAAUGCUAUAAUACUGACGCUGUUCUGCAUGUUCGUGUUUUACUUCGUUUUCGGUAUAUGCUUUUUCUUAUGCUCCUCGCGAGCUUACGUCCCGAGAAGUAUGGAAUAUAUGAGCGAGAGAUGCAUAGAGGAGAAUCCAAGUACCUCUCGCACAGCGAAUGAUAACGCUUCUGUCAAUGAAGAUUAUGGUAGUAACGAGGACGCGUCUUCUGCGAGGGAGGUGAUCUUCAAUAAACCAGAAGUGUUCCUGUGCGAUUUGGCGCGCAAGGACUUCCGUAUCCUCAAGAAGAAAUCAUACUUCUACCUCUGGCACGUUCUCACGGUGGCCGUCUUCUACGGUCUUCCUGUGGUACAACUGGUCAUUACCUAUCAGAAGGUUCUAAACGAUACAGGCAAUCAGGAUUUAUGUUAUUACAACUUUCUGUGCGCUCAUCCGCUCGGGUUCUUCAGCGAUUUUAAUCACAUUCUAUCGAACGUUGGGUAUUUGCUAUUGGGAUUAUUGUACAUUUGCAUCAUCUACAGGAGGCAACUGUGGCAUAAAGACCUACAAUUUGAUCAGGAAUAUGGCAUACCGCAGCAUUACGGGCUCUUCUACGCUCUAGGAGUUGCGCUCAUGAUGGAAGGUGUACUUUCGGGUAGCUAUCACAUCUGUCCGAACCAUUCUAACUUUCAGUUCGACACCAGUUUUAUGUACGUGAUGGCCGUGCUCUGCAUGGUCAAGAUAUACCAGAACAGACAUCCGGAUAUAAAUGCUACGGCGUACAGCACUUUCGGUGUUCUCGCUGUUGCGAUAAUUUUAGGUAUGUGGGGCAUAAUGGCAGGAGACUUGUAUUUCUGGAUUUUCUUUACCAUCUUCCACAUCUUGACCGGAAUCUACUUAACUGCGCAGAUCUACUUCAUGGGAUGCUGCAAGCUGGACCAAUGGCUCUUCUGGAAAAUCAUCAGACACGUCUUUUACGAUUUUUGGUUCUCACCAAGAGAGAAUAUUAAACCCAAAUAUAAGGGACGAUUCUUCCUUUUACUUAUUGGCAAUCUAUGCAAUUGGAUGCUGGCGAUUUUCGGUAUUCUGCACCACGACACUGAUUUUGCCUUGCAUCUCCUGGCGAUUUUCAUGAUGAACACACUUCUAUAUUUCAUUUUUUACAUAGUCAUGAAGUUGUGCCACAAAGAGAGGAUCAACUUGCUCGCCGUUUUAUUCUUGCUGAUCUCUCUGGCUUGCGCUGGAGCAGCGAUGUACUGCUUCCUAAACAAAUCGAUUUCUUGGGCGGAAUCACCUGCAGAGUCCCGAAGGUACAAUCAGGAUUGUCUAUUUAUGAGGUUCUACGAUUACCACGACGUUUGGCACUUCCUAAGCGCUGUGGGAAUGUUUUUUAUAUUCAUGGUAGUGUUGUUGCUGGAUGACGAUCUGUCGCACACGCAUAGGACACGCAUCCACGUAUUUUAAAGAAACAAGAGUGCAAAGAUUAUUUUUAUUUUUUUUAUAUACAAGUAAUUAUUAUAGUUCUUUCUCUCAAGUUAAAAUAAUUCGGCCAAUGCGUGCUGAGACAAAAAUGUGAUAAUUUAUAUAUGCUUGAGCUUGACCACAGUUAUGUGUAUAUCUGUAAAAUAUGAUUGCAAGAGAUAGGAACAAAUAUCGAUUGUUUUAUUCACACAAUUUCAAUAUUUUAUUUUA